AAUAUUACGUUCUGAUUAACACCUACACUGUUGUCAUAAUUCGUGACUUCGGAUAGUUCGGAUCCGUGAUCCACAAAAUUUAUAUUUAAAAAAAUACCUUAAUAAAUAAGUUUUCGUCCAUAACCUGAAUACUAUAAUACUACAAUAUUAAAAGAAAAUAAAACAGUAGAAAGUUAGACCAUUCACAAGUACAUAAAAAUAAAUUGAAAGUCAUGUCAUUUCAGGACGUUUUUCUGAUGAUUCGGCGAAAGAAAAUGACAAUUUUUACCGAUGCUAAGGAAAAUACAACAGUUUUAGAACUGAAAAAAAUAAUUGAAGGAAUAUUAAAGAUUCCUCCAGCUAAUCAACAGUUGUACAACAAAGAUAAUGUUGUUAUGUUAGACAACAAGUUCCUUUCAGAUUAUGGCCUAUUAUCAGCUACUGCGAAAGCUCAAUGUCCAGCUCUGAUUGGAUUAGCAGUACGUCAAGAUAAUGGACAAUUUGAACCAUUAGAAAUGACUCCAUUUUCUUUACCUCCCGAUCUUCCAGAAGUUAUGAAAACUAAAGAGACAAAUGGACAAGAGCAAUCGCCUUGAGUCUCUAUUUAUCAAUAAUAGGGUCAAAUAAAAGAGUAUCUUGUUCGGUUAUUGAGUAACCUAUUUGUCUCUAAAACAUCAAAGACAAAACAAACAUUUUACAUUGUUUUAAGUUAAAGAGUGUAUAAAUAAGUAUAGCAUUAACAAAGUGCUCGAAUUUUCUCACACUUUCUUUACAAAGUGCUUAAAUUUAUAAUAAAUUUUUGAAUUCUCUCAUAAUACUUCUACAGAAAUUUUUCUCAAAUUAAAAAAUUAAAAUAUAAAAAAAUCUUUAUAUCUUCAAACAGUCAAUGCAAUGAAGAAACUUGUGCUAGUAAGAUUGCCUUUGAAUUUAAUUUAACUGGAUUAUGCGUAAAUACCUCAAAUAUUAAUAUUCAUGUCACAAUAUAGACUUGGGUGAGAAAUUAAUAAUAUAAAUAACACGAUCUAGCUCAAAAGCAUUAUUUUGAAAUGCAAAUGUUGAAAAACUUACACUUUUCUAAUCUGUGUAGUUCUGCAUUGAAAACUAUUAUACCAUUUAAGAUAACAAUGCAUGAAGUAUUACUUUAUUUCACAUUGUUAUUUGAAAUUAUUUUCAAUAUUAAAUAAAUUAUUUUAAAAUCAAUUACCUACGAUCACAUUUAUCUAGCACCAAUAUAUUAUUUCAAUCCCAAUAUAACUGAAAAUUUGUUUAUGUAAAAGUAAAUUGGGAGAAAAAACUGAUGCCUUUAUUAUAUUUAAAUUUUCAUCUACAAUUGUUUUCAUGUGUUCAUUUCAUGAUAAAUGUGUGUAUAAGUUGUACAUUGGUUUUAUUUACUGUAUCUUUCA